AUGGCCCCUCCUCCACCCCCAACAACAACCCCCUAUACAAUCAAAAUCUACACAUCCUCCCAACUCAGCCAGCAACCGGCCCUAGUGGACGAGCUCAGUGAACUCAUCAACGAAAGCUUCCUGGUCCAGGCAAGUCACCCACUGGGCCGGACCGGCCUCCGCCUGGAGCAGCCGGGUCAAUUGAUCGACGAACUAGGCCCGUCAAGUCUAACGGCUGUGUACUUUCAUCACCCCGGCAAUGCAGACGAAACUACCACCGAUGCAACGAGGACACCAGGACAGGCGAUCGGCACGGCCAGUAUCAAGGCCUGGGAGGGUGGUAAAAUCUGGAACCCUGUUCGACACAGUACCGAGUCGGAUCUAGAUCCGAGCGCAGAUGAUGAGCUAUCCGUUGACGGGGACUUCGAGGCCGCGAUUGUUGCUGUGAAGCCAAGCGAUGAGUUUAGAGGGAGAGGGAUUGCGGAUAAACUGGUGGACGCUUGUGAGCAGGCCAUUCUUCAGAAGUGGAUUGCUGGAGAGUACUUGUCACUUCAGCCAGAAGCAGGAUCGGCAAUUGCGGAGAAAACCUCACCCCCCAGGCCGAUCAAGAUCAUGGUCAAGGUAGUCAAAGAGAUCACUGCCUCGUAUUGGGCAAAGAAGGGAUUCGUCACUGUGGUGGAGAAGCGGUAUGGACCGGGGACUUGGGGUAUAGAGAAGGAAUUCACCAUCAGCGCAAUGGUCAGGGAACUACCUGUGGCUAUGGCUAUACACAAGGAAGAACCUAGAGAUUCAGAUCUAGCCUGA